AUGCAAGCUAUCAAGUGUGUUGUUGUUGGCGAUGGUGCCGUAGGCAAGACAUGUCUGUUGAUCUCUUAUACAACCAAUGCCUUUCCUGGUGAAUACAUCCCUACAGUAUUUGACAAUUACUCUGCCAAUGUGAUGGUCGAUGGAAAGCCAAUCAACCUUGGACUUUGGGAUACGGCUGGUCAAGAAGAUUAUGAUCGUUUGCGUCCACUCUCUUAUCCUCAAACCGAUGUCUUUUUGAUUUGCUUUUCAUUGGUGAGCCCUCCCUCGUUUGAAAAUGUCAAGACCAAGUGGUAUCCUGAAAUCAGUCAUCACGCUCCCAAUACACCUAUGAUCUUGGUUGGCACCAAACUCGAUCUUCGGGAAGAUCCAGAAACGAUUGCAAAACUCCGCCAAAAGCACAUGGCACCUAUUUCUUACUCUCAAAGCUUGCAAAUGCAAAAAGAGAUUGGUGCUGUCAAAUAUCUCGAAUGCUCGGCCCUGACACAAAAGGGUCUUAAGAACGUCUUUGACGAAGCAAUCCGUGCCGUUCUUUGCCCGGCUCCACCUCCAAAGAGACAAAAGAAGUGUAUGAUUUUGUAA